CGCAGACUCUGCAAUGCGCAUGCUCAUCAGUGUGCGGAGUGUGCAGUCCGAGCGGCAGUCCUGUCCGACGAGGGCGUCGCGCGGACGAGGCCUCACCAAACUGUGAGCCAGAUCCAGGAGCUUUGCAGACAGUGGUUGCAACCAGAGACUCUCACAAAGGAGCAGAAGAUAGAGUGACUAGUGCUGGAGCAGUUUCUGAGCACCCUGCCAGAGGAGGUUCAGACAAGGGUGAGGUCAAAGCAGCUGGAGAACAGCAGGAAGGCAAGCAUGCCGGUCACAAAAUUGGUCCAGGCGUGUGAGGAUCCAGGUGAGACAGCUCUCCCUGCUCAGGACUCUGUCCUUGCAGACAACAGGAACACCCAAGAACACCAAAAGAAGAAUACAGAGGCAUUGGACAGUCCUCCCUCUGCUGGGUUCCAGGAGUUGGUGACGUUUGAAGAUGUGGCUGUGACCUUCACCCCAGAGGAGUUCAGUUACCUUACUGCUUCUCAGAGGAAACUCUACUGCGAGGUGAUGCUGGAGAAUUACCAGAACCUGGUUUCCUUAGGGCAGCAGUUUCCUAAACCUGACAUUAUUUCAUACCUGGAAGAAGAGGCGUCAAGAGUGAUAGAAGAGGACAGCGGUACAGUGAUGUGUCAGAGAGACUCUCCUGAUCUGCUGGAAUCACACCAAGGCAACGAGAAGAAACAAAUUUUCAGUCCUGUAACAAUGAGCAACACCAAGACCCUUGCUCAGAAAAAAAGCCACAGUAAUGAUGAAUUUGAGAGAAGCUGUAACCUUGCCCAGAAGUCAGAGGGUCUUCCAGGAAAGAAUCCCCAGGAAUGCAGUGUUGUUGGCAUGGGCAGCAGACCCAACCCAGUACAACACUUCAAGUGUAAAAUUUGUGAAAGAGCCUUUGGUACCAAAAUUGGCCUUAUGAGGCAUGAGCCGAUCCAUACUGGGAAGAAACCCUUCGAAUGUAAGCAGUGUGGUAAAGCCUUCUUCCUCAUGCCGCACCUCACCAGGCACCAGAAGUCUCACACUAGCGAGAAGCCCUCUAGCUGCAAAAAAGGUGCAGAAUCUUCCAUCCAGCAUGCAGAGCUCUCUGGGCACGCAAGAAUUCAUAGUCAGGAGGACCGCUAUGAAAGUGUUCAAUGUGGCAAAGCUUUUACCCAGGGUGCACGUCUUUCUCAACAUCUUAAGGCCCACAAGGAGCCAGAGGCCCUUCACUCUGUGUGGUCCUGGAACAAGACAUACAUGAUUCGCUACCAGCGGGAAAACGCCUAUGUCAGAGAGAAAGCCUGCCAGUGCUGUGUCUGUGGCAAAACCUUCAGUCAUAGGGCGUACCUCGUUCAGCACUACCGCAUCCAUGCUCAAGAGGAGCCUUACCAGUGUCAGAUGUGUGGGAAGUGUUUCGGCCGACCCUCACAUCUCUGUCAGCAUUACCAAAUCCAUUUUCAAGAGGAAACAGUGGCCGUCACUGUUUAAAAACAUUCAGAGAACACACAUUUCUCACCAUUUCUCACCAGCUUUGUCCCAUAGAAACAACUUUGGAGUGUGCUAAAUUUCAGAAGGUCUUCUACUUGCCCUUGUCUUUUGUUGUUAACAACUUGGAAAAUUCAUUGUGGUGUGAUGGAAAAAACGGGGAGGAUUGGUCACAUGGUUGUGCAGCAGCCUUUGUGCACGAGGGGAGUUGGCACACAUCAGUAGCCACACAAGCAAAAACCUUAGGGUAUUUUUUUGUUGCAAAGGAAAGAAGCUAAGUAGUUUUGCCCUCCUUCAGUGAUAUUCAUGGAUAGAGAACCUUGAUUUUGGCCUGCUGAUAAAAGUUGAUAAUAGAUAGUGGCGCUCCAGACUGGCAGUCUGUGGCCUUAGUUUUUAUGGAGGAGUUAACGUGUAAUAACUUUACCACAUAUCAACAAGGUGAAAAGAUUUUCUAGGUGUUGCCUAGAUUGAUUCUUUCACCAAGGUGAUGUUAUUGGUUAUAUAUUUACAUAGUACCUCAUAGUGUAUAAAAUGUUUUCUUAUAUGUUGUUUUUAUUUGAUCCUUCAGGGUGCCUAGGGCAUGUGAUGUCAGCUAUUCCCAAAGACCCAUACUGUUUCCUUUCUGGGACUGGGCACUGAACCAGGGUCUCAGUGGUGUGAGGCAUACACUCUACCCCUGAGCUAUAUCCAGACCUAUUUUUUAUUUUGAGGCGGUAUCUCGCUGUAUUGCUCAGGGUAGCCUUUAACUUGUGCCCCUCCUGCCUCAGUCUCCCAGAUAGCCAGGAAUUCAGGCAUGCACCACCAGGCCUGGCUGAAACCCAGAUUUAGAAAGUUGUGCCCCAAGCCAGUUCGCUAAUUGCUGGCAAAGUGGUGUUAGUGUCCUGACCACCACUGUGUGUUCUUCUUGGGCCAGCGGCUGUCUCUUCAUUACCUCUUCUAAACCUUUUUUUUCAUGUGACUCGCUUCCACCACUCCAGCUGGGUCUUAGCCACCUGAUUUAAGAGAUAGUGAAUCGUUUUUGAGGGGUCUGGGUGUGGGCUGUUUGUCUUUGUAUGGGCCAGGGCUUAAGGCUUCUUGAGGAGCCUCACUAAUUAGGGCAAAUCAGGAGCACCAGACUAGACUGUCUUUGUCCUUACGCUCCUUUCGUGCCUCAGCUGACAGCAUGGACAGCCUCCACUGCCGUCCCCUGUGGCUCCUGGGCAUAGCUGGGCUGUGCACAGUGUCGGCUCCGUAGUUACAGUUAAAUGUACUGCGGUGAUGGACACCCACCUGUCACCCGGGCUCUUAGCCGACUGCUGCCCUAGUGAGCUGUGAGAGCGAUGCGCAGAACUGCUGUCCUGCGUCCGCCUCCCCGCUCCUAACAUGUCCAGUGGUUUGGGCAUUGCUUUUAUGUUGAGUGCAAAUUAGUUAAUUUUAAUUAGUGUAAAUUUUAGAAGCACUUGUGUUUUAAGCUUUUUUAUAGUUUUUUUCUUUGAGUGUGUGUAUUUCUCCCUCCCAGAUAGACUUGUUGCUAAAG